AUGCAAAGAAAUUGGGAUAUUUACAAAGCCGAGGUGGAACGGCUUUACAUCGACGAAGGGAAGCCCAUGAGAGAGGUCCGCAGGAUCCUGAACCGUCGUCAUGGCCUCACCGCAUCUGUCUUGACAUAUCGCUUGACGUUUGACGAGUGGGCUUCGCAGAAAUACAAAAAGAAGCGGCGGCCGUCCGCCGACGAGGGAUUUGUCGAAGACCCGCCAAUUGCUCGCAUUGGCUCCUCGUCAACUAAUUCCGAGUCGCUGUCGACUCCGUCCUACCAGGCCGGCAAUGUGCAACACUUUUGUCAAGAGAUAGCAAUCCCGUCCAGUCCACUGGAUGCGUCCGACGUCCAUGCCUUUAUACAAGGCCACCCUGCGGCCCCUUUUCACGCCUUCGAGAUUCUACUCACCAAAUGGCAACGCGGUGGCGAGUAUUUAAAAGUACUAACUCUUCUUCUGGAGAAGCCCGAAUAUUGCAAAUGGAUCCCACGCCCUGCCAGUGAUGGUAGACCACUUUUAUUCAAACUGAUAGGAGGACAUGUGCCCCACGAGGAGCAACUCUGUGUUGGAAAAUUACUCCUGGAGGCUCACUUGUCAAACCUUGACACGGCGAUGCCUCACGAUGCCCAAUGGCUAACUGCAUGGAUCGCAGCUUGUCAUUGCACCGAGUGGGAUGAGGCCAAUGAGACCCUCUACCGUGGAAACAGAGUUGCAACGCUCGCGGGCGAUAAUUUUCUGAACUGCGCCCGGGCCGUGAUUGCUGAGCAGUUUCUGAGGCGCUACAUACAGAAUUUCAGGUCCCUGAAGAUGCAGAGUGGAUGGCUCAACGAGUCCGAGUUGCUUGAAGCAGAGAGUUGCCGGCAAAAGUAUCUGAUUAUCUUGGAAGAAUGUCGAUAUGCGGAUCUGACACUGAGGCCUGAGUUCUACAGGGACUCGUUGGAAAUAAUUGAGGCUCAAUAUCCUUUUGCUGACAACCGACACCAGCCUCGGUCUGUGGAUCUUGCUGAUGAAUGCCGGCAUAAGUAUCUUCAGCUUAUAAGCGACUCCGGGAGCACUGUCGCCUGCAAUAAAGAUGUGGAGGAUGGGGUGCCAGAUCUCGAAGCGAACAAUUCGGUGGGAGCCUCGAUUCAAGACUCGUCAUCUAGCGCAAGAUAUUCGGAUUCCCCGGGAGUCAGGCAAAGCAUAGAAACUGUUGAGUCUCCUACUACGAGAUCCGAGACGUGGACUAUGAAUUCCGCCAGGGAAUCGGAGCGAUCGUCAAUCCAACUGCUCAGCCAAGAUGUCGUCGCUCAAGAGUGCGGUCUUCCGAUGCCAUGCGCCUUUUUGAAUACUUUGAUCAGCAAGUGGAGGUCUCUGAAGGGGUUCAGGACCUAUGUGCAUGGUCUUCUUCAGGAAGAACGUUCAGACAUCUCGAUAUUCGACUCGAGGGUACAAUGCGCUAGAAACCUCUUCGACAUAAUCCACGAACACGUUCCGAAUAACGAACAGAACUCCUUGACGAAAGCUAUCCUGGUAGCAUUUUCGACCGCCAACCUCGACCUGUGCCGACAUCCACCUACCUUGGUAUGGUGGCUGACCCUAUUCUCCGCUUCCUCAUGGGAUGAAUUUCAACGCAAACUUGAGCCUGAAAAGAUCGACGAGCAUCUCAGGCCACUCAUGUCUCCUGCAGCGGUGCAGCUUGUCCUCAACACAACAACCCUGCUCGUCGGUGAACGGCUUCUAUCGGGACUGAAGGAUGAAAUGGUGGCGAACCCGUACUGGAGGGCUACGGGUGAUGAUAUGGCGAGGUAUCGUGACUCGUUUAAGCAGUAUAUGGAUAUUUUGGGGGAGUUCAGAAAGAAAAGCUUGAUUGUUGAUCAGUCAUGGGUAUCACACGCGCUAAAUGCGAUGUGA